GUUCGUUAACAAAAUAUUUCUUAUAUAUAUAAAAAUAUACAUUUAUAUCUAUAUUUACAUAAAUGCAUGUAUACAUGUAUAUAUAACAUACAUAAGUAGAUAUAUUCGCUGAAUAAGGUUUCUGUAAAAAUGCAUACCACCAUAUAAUAUUACUAAAUAUUGUUUGCUCAUUCAAAGUUAUCAUGGUGAAAAUUUAAAAAUUCGAUAAUAGACAUUGUUAACGUAUUUAAAUAAAUAAAAGUUAUAAAAAAAACUGUAGUUGUCGCCGCUAUCCUCUUUAAUUAUCACGGUGUUUAAUCAAAACUUUUUCGGAAAUUUACGCGCUUUUUAUUACUUAAUUAUUAUUUGUUGUUCGUGUUUGUUCGUGUAUAUUUUUAUCUCCCACUCUCAUCUACAAACGUAAACAAUUUUUUUAAAUAAAAAUAUAUGUAUGUACUUUAAAAUUGAAAUAAAAAAGAUAAAAUUUAAUACGGAGCCUCGCCAGACAUUUUGACGUCGUUUAAUCGAAAAUAAUUAUUGGUUCUUUUGCAUAUGUUUGUGUUUAACAGAAAAAUAAAAACUUGUUUCAAUAAAAAAGGAUUUAUAAAAAAACAUUUAAAGUGAAAGUGCACAGAAAGUGUUUUUCUUAUCAACUUUUUAGGGUAAUCAAAUAAAUCUUCGAAGGCUGUUUUAUACAAUGGAAUCUGCGUUGGAUGUUUUAUCACGUGCUGCUACUAUGGUGCAGGAUAAUGCAAAUGAAACCCGUUUAACUUCCAAAGAAUUGCCAACUACAGCUUGGCGUCGUGAAAGGCGUUUACGUACGGGUGAGUAUCAUCAUCCACAUCAUCAUCCAUCAGCUGGCUCUUCAACAAGUAGUGCACGUGCUUCGUCUCCCAAUUCGUCGCCGCCGCCAGCUGCUCAUAUCCAACAUUCUCCCAUACCCUCUAGUUCAGUAUCUAAUACAAACACACACAUGCAUUCUAAUGCGCAUCAAAUUUCAAUAAUGAUGGCGGCCGCAGCAGCGGCAAGCAUGCGUCCUUUAAGCGAAUCUACUAAUCGUCCGUCAGCAGCGUCUCCACCGCCGCCGCAUUCAACUUUAGGAGGUCAAAUUCAUUUGGGUCAAAUGGCACACACUCAGGUUUUGCAGCAUAUAAAUUCGGUUGAAAAUGACGAUGCGCCUUUGGAUAUGUCUGUUGGUAAUUUAAAACAGCGCAAUUCUCCACCACCUCCCUAUCGGGAACCUUUGCCUGGCUCACAAUUUGCUUCAUCGUUAGCUCGACCAAGCGUAAUAACACAAGCACCACCAAAACGGGAUGUUAGAGAUUCUGCGUUAGUAGCAAAUCGAGAAAAUGACAAUCGUAGUUGCGAAUCUAUUGAUGAACAUUUUCGUCGUUCUUUGGGUAAUGACUAUUUUGCAUUAUUUUCAAAGAGGUCUCCUGCUAGCCAGUCGACGAAAACACCAUCACCACAACCGCCAACAGCUCAUAUCAGAAGUCCUUCACCAACAUUGCCGCUAUCUUCAGGUGCAUCAGCUUUGCCCCCACAUUCUGCCUUAACACAACUGGAACUAAUUCCUCCUCCUGCUUAUCCAGCAAAUUUACCCACAGACAAUCAUCAGCAAAAUUCACAGCAGGCACACCAAAACCAAACACUUGUUACACCCAAAGCCAAAUCUGUCUUGUUAUCACCAGCUGUCAUAGCAGCUCAAAUGAAAAUAUCAACAGGGCCAAAUUCUCCUCCUUUGCCAUUGGUGGUUAGAGCAUGUGGACAGCCAAAACAUAAACAUCAUCACAUUAGCUUGCAGAAGUCUACAUCGUUAAUAGCAAUUACUCCAUUAACUUCACCACAAUCACCUGCACCAAUUCCAGGAGUUAAGUUGGGAAACACAACACAAACACACAUAUUUAGUGCGACUGGAUCCAGAACAGCUUCUCCUUUGCCUUUACCGUUGCAUCAGCACCAAUCAUCAGCUAUAGCGGUGACUCUGUCUCAUUUUGCUUCAGUUGAUAUAUCUCCGUCAUCAUCACCUCGCCACACGCCUGCUGUUGUAAACGUGCCAGUUCCGAAUCCCUCACCCAAUUUGCCAGCUAUAAUGCGUAUAAAAACUGAGCCUGGAAUGCAAAAUGUUAAAUCCCAUAAUCCUACACCUCCGGCUUCCCCUACUUCAAAUACUAAUCAUAAUAUCAAUUCUAACUCCACAAGUUAUUCUUCCAAUACAUCUUCUCCUUCACCUUCCUCCCCUAUAACUUCAAGCUGGAAAUCUUCUGUCAAUACCGGCAACACAAGUGCCGAAGUCUUGGCUUCAGUAGAUGACCAUUUUGCAAAAGCAUUAGGAGAUACUUGGAAGAAGUUACAAGAAAGUAAAGAAAUCCGCAAAUGAUGAUAAUAAUAUAAUUUUAAAAACUGGCAGUUCAUUCGAAAAAUGAGGCUGCUUAAUAAGGUAGAACUUUACAAAAUCAAAAUACAUUUUUAGAAAAACUAUUUUCAAAAUACAACAUCAAUAUGCAAUUUAGAGAAAAGAACAUUUUUGGAGUGAUAUUUUUUACAAAGUGAUAUUUGAAUAAUAAAACUAAAAGUUUUUAUUUGAAUAUUUAAAUUUUAAAUUUACUUACCAACUAAAAAACAUAAUAUAUUAACUAUAUAUAGUAAUCUAUAAAAUAAAUAUUAAAUACAUACAUACAUACAUACAUACAUACAUACAUACAUACAUACAUACAUACAUACAUACAUACAUACAUACAUACAUACAUACAUACAUACAUACAUACAUACAUACAUACAUACAUACAUACAUACAUACAUACAUACAUACAUACAUACAUACAUACAUACAUACAUACAUACAUACAUACAUACAUACAUACAUACAUACAUACAUACCUAAAUAUAUGUACAUUAGACAUGCCCAUACAUGUAUGUAUGUACAUACAUACAUACAUACAUACAUACAUACAUACAUACAUACAUACAUACCUAAAUAUAUGUACAUUAGACAUGCCCAUAAAAAAUAGAUUUGCUUUGGAUGGAUCUUAUUUUGUUCAUUUAGCAGCUAAAACUAACUACUGCAAAAUUUAAGUGAAAUCGGAUAACUAGAACACGUGGCGGAAAUUGAUUGAAAGUUGUAAAAAUGGGUAAAUAAUGGUACUUUUUCCGAUAUCUAAAAAAAUUCCAUAUUUGAAUACUGUUUUUUUUAAACAUUUGCAAUAAACCUAAGCUUCUAGAGAAAAUUAUCUUUUUAACAAGGUAUAAAACAAUAAUUUCGAAUGAAAAAUAACAAAGUUAUACGAGUUUAUCUGACCAAAUAUUGAGCAAAAAGUGCUAGUUUACUCAUAUUUUACUCGCAUUUCUAUUGUUUACAUAACUUUUGCAUGCAAAACAGUGAGCAAAUAAUACAAAAAUGUCGUUUUUCUUGAAUAUAUGACGUAGGGAAAUGCUAAUAACUUGGUUAUUUUUAACUCGAUGUUCAUGCUUUAUACCUUGUUAGAAAAAUUUUCUCUAGAAGCUUAGGUUUAUUGAAAAUGUUUAAAAACUGUAUUUAAAUAGGGACAUUUUUUAAGAUAUCGGAAAAAGUACCAUUAUUUACCCAAUUUUACAACUUUCAAUCGAUUUCCGGCACGUGUUCUAGUUAUCCGUUUUCACUUAAAUUUUGCAGUAGUUAGUUUUAGCUACAAACGAACAAAAUAAGGCACAUCCAAAGCAAAUCUAUUUUUGAAGGGCAUGCCUAAUGUACAUAUAUUUAUGAAAGAUCUCAAUUUAUAAUUUGUUUCGUUUAAACAGUUUAUACCUAUUUGUUCAUGUAACAAUUUUAUUUGCUAUAGCUAUGAGAAGUAUCCAAAAAAAAUGAGAUAGAAAAUAUUUAAGUAUUACUGCAUCUGAAAUUCCCUUUAAUUUUCUAUUCUUCCAUGAUGAACGUAAAAUCAUUUUCUGUUUUUGCUUUGAUGAUUUGUAACUUAACAAUUAGUUAUAUUCUGAUCUGUAAAAAUUUGUUUAACUAUGUUUAAUAAUAUUAUUAAGGCGGAUAUCCUUAAACUUCUCUUGGCGUAAUGUGUUUAAAAUAAAAUGUUUUAUUUGUUUUAACAUUUUUCCCAUAUUUAAAUUAAUUAAACUAAUAUAAAUUAUUCUAACACUAAUAGAUUAAAACAUGAUCUUUAAAAUAAAAUAUAUGUAUUUCCUAUAUGUUUUUUAUAAUUUGAAUAAUUUAUAAGUUUUAUAAUGAAUUCCUAUUAUUUGCUAAAAAAAAAUUAAACUUUUUAAUUCAAAAAGUGGACAAAAAUAAAGAAAUUUUGUAAGGUUUCAAA